AACUGCUCCUCUCUACUCAAGCAUCAACCAUGUAUAUAUUCAGCCAUUACCACUCCCAUUUUCUCACCACAAUUCAUCAUAACACAGCUGUUAAUUAGCAUAAAAUCAAAUCAAAGGGCAUACACAUAUGGAUCACAGCAAGAGCAGCGGCGACACAGCCAUCAACAUCGGCGAAUCCAACUCGGCCAAGCACAAGACCGCCUUCACCGCCACCACCAAGGCGGUUCCACUUGCAGCCCCGCAACCGGCAUGGAAGAGAGGAGUUUCCAUCUUCGACUUCAUUCUGAGAGUCUGCGCUCUCGUCGCCGCCCUCGCCGCCACCGCCACCAUGGGCACCACCGAUCAGACUCUUCCUUUCUUCACUCAGUUCUUCCAGUUCCAAGCCAGCUACGACGACCUCCCCACCUUCACAUUCUUCGUGGUGGCCAAUGCUAUAGCAAGUGGCUAUUUGGUCCUAUCCAUGCCUUUCUCCAUCGUCGCCAUUGUUCGCCCCCACGCUGCUGGCGUCAAGCUUCUCCUCCUCAUCCUUGAUACUGUGGUGAUGGCUUUCACUAUCGCGGCGGCUGCGGCAGCGGCGGCGAUCGUGUACUUGGCCCACAACGGGAACUCCAACACCAACUGGUUCGCCAUCUGCCAGCAGUUCAACGACUUCUGCCAGCGCGUGAGCGGCGCCGUCGUGGCUUCCUUCAUAGCUGCGGUGGUCUUCAUCUGCUUGGUUGUGCUAUCCGCCGUCGCUCUUCGCAGGCACUGAGAUAGAUAUAUGUUGCUGUUUGCUUUGCAAAAUCGUUUGUGUGUUCAUAUAUAUUACUGUUGUUUUUACAUGCAUGCUAUGCUUUCAUCGCCGUUGAUGGAGGAAUGCUGUAAUUUGCUUUUUCUUGAUGUGGUCGUGCAUGAAACAUUUAAUUUACUCCUAUAUUAUAAGAAAUUUAUUUUGUCUUCUGUUUUA